CGAAGACCCAAUGCAAAAAAAAAGAAAACAGUUCCCUCAUUUCCCCCUACGCAGACUAGAAAUUCUAAUGGGGGGAUAAGGAAGGGAAUUUCAGAGUCAGAGUGGAGGAAGACCAACAAGCUCCAGUUGCUUCAGUUUUGCCUGGGAAGCAGGAGAUCACAACCCUGCAUCCCCUGUGCCUCCUCUCCACCCCAAGAGUGCUUUGACAGAUCUUCAAAUCCCAGCUGAGUUGGAUGUGUAUUUUGUACCUUGUUAAUUUAGAAUGACCCACUCAUCCCCGUUUGCCCAGAACUUUCCUGGUUUUAGCACUCAAAUACCCAUGUCCAGAAAACUCAUCUCAGGUCCCAGACAAACCAUUGAUGGUUGGUCACCCUAGCUGUGAUGUUCAUGCCAUUGUUUCUAAGCCUGAGGUUGCCAUCUCAUUUUAGAGUCACUUCUCUCAUGUGAGCACAUAGCAGGCACUUGAUAAAUGAGUCUGUGGAUGGACACAAAUGAACCUCAGUUGUAGGCAGCUGCAGAUUCCUGGCCUGGAGUACAGGAGACCUGUGUUCUGGUCCUGGCGCUGCCAGGUUUGCAGCGGUGUGAUCCUAGGAAAGUGAUUUCUCACUCUAGGUAUGUUUCCUCCACUGCAAAAUAGGGGAACUUUAGUCAUUUCUGCCUCUGCUGUGAUACUGCUCUCCCUGUACAUGGGAUUAUGUUCUGAUGUCACUUCCACUCAGCUUUCUCUCUCUCUCUCGCCCCUUGCUUUUUACCCCCUUCAAAUAUAUAUAUAUAUAUAUUUAGUAGAUCAAUAAUUUAUGUAAGGGCAGGUUGGUAAUGGAAUUGCUGAUGGGCCAGGUUUAUGCAGAGUGCUUCUGUGAGAGCAAUAGAGUUUGGACCUUGAACCAAGCAGCUGUGGCUGGGAGUUGGAGAGUCAAGUCUCUAACUUCAGCUAAGUGUUUGUAAUGACCUAAUUUGCUCUUUGUGCAUGCCUGGGAGGGAGGAUGGUGGGCAUAGGGAGCCUGCUGUUUAGGAAUUUUCCUGGGUGGAUGAGGGGGUACCCUGGGAAAUAGGAUUUUAAAGCUUCUUGUCCACUGGAGGGAGUUAUUUCCGGCUGAGAUAGUGCCCAGGAAAGAGCAUCCCAGGGUCUUAUUCGGUAUUCUAGCACAGAAGAAGGAAUAAAAUGAGAAAUACCAGGACUUGGGCUGGAACCUGUGGCCAACUUAGGGUCAGGAAGCUGCAUUUUCCUGUUCCUGGUUCUGCCAUGUGCCAUCUGUGGAACUAGGGGCACAUUGUGUAACCUCUCUGAGCCUCGGUGUUGGUCUCUAAUUUUCCUUUUUAAUGGAGUGAGUCUGCACUGCCUACCUCACAGGGUGGUGUGAUUCAAUGAGGUGACACAGGUGGGAGUUCACUGAAUGAAUGAAAUGUCAGUUGUUAACACUAACUUUAAUCUUUGGACCUGUGUGAUGGGGUCUGAUUCAUGGGGGGAGGGAAGUGGAGAGAAAUUUGGGGAUUUUGUCUGCUUAGUUCUUCCAAUAAUGUCAUCAGUACCCCCUGGCUCCGAACAAGAUAGGAAGGGUAGGUUUGAGGGAGGUACUACUUCUUUGGUUAGAAGACACCCCAGCCUAACUUCCUCUUUGACAAUAUUCCUGACUUUUGGAAAAAGCUUCUCCUUGGCUAUAAAGUCUGCUCCUUCUGCCCUCACUUCCAAAUUUUGGGGGCAAUGGAGCAAGAACUCUGCUUGAACCCCUUAGCUAAGGCCAGCCAGAUACCCCUUCUUACCUAGAGGGGGCUUUCUCAUGCGACUGAGUGUCUCCCUCUGGGGCUGCAGGCCUGUGAAGGGUUAAGCGAGCCACACCCUCAGCAGGAACAGCCUCGGACUUUGUGCUGAGCAGCCAUCUCAGGGCUCGCCUGGCCUGACUGGCACAGGGAGCCCUGGCUGGAGGAGGCUGCACAGAGGAAGGUCAGAAUCGUGGACACUGGGAAGAAGAGGGUCGAAUAUCUCCUGUCUUCUGUGACACCAUGGACAGCUCCCAUUGACGAGGGCACCUCUCCAGCCUUGGGGCCUGGGACUCCUAUGCCCCCUUCCUGUCGAAUUGGGAUUUCAUCCACCAGUCUCCAAGAGACACUGAAGUUACACCCUAGUUCCAGUACUGGUUACUGGCCUCUAAAGCUGAGCAGACAUCAACAAACUGAUCCCAGGAUCAGUUGCUCCUCUGGACAUGACUCUCCUGGAAGGGUCCAUUGGGGUGGAAGACCUUGUGCUCCUGGAACCCCUGGAGCAGGAGUCUCUGAUCAAGAACCUCCAGCUGCGCUAUGAGAACAGGGAGAUUUAUACCUACAUUGGGAACGUGUUGGUCUCAGUGAAUCCCUACCAACAGCUGCCCAUCUAUGGCCCAGAGUUCAUUGCCAGAUACAGGGACUAUACCUUCUACGAGCUGAAGCCCCAUGUCUAUGCACUGGCAAAUGAGGCGUACCAGUCACUGAGGGACCAGGACCAAGACCAGUGUAUCCUCAUCACGGGCGAGAGUGGAGCUGGCAAGACAGAGGCUAGUAAGCUAGUGAUGACUUACGUGGCGGCUGUCUGUGGGGAAGGGGAACGGGUGAACUCUGUGAAGGAACAACUGCUUCAGUCAAAUCCAGUGCUGGAGGCUUUUGGCAAUGCCAAGACCAUUCGCAACAACAACUCCUCUCGAUUUGGAAAAUACAUGGAUGUUGAGUUUGACUUCAAGGGAUCCCCCCUUGGUGGCGUCAUCACAAACUAUCUGCUUGAGAAAUCCCGCGUGGUGAAGCACCUUGAAGGAGAAAGGAACUUCCACAUCUUCUAUCAGCUACUGGCUGGAGCAGAUCCACAGCUGCUGAAGGCCCUGAAGCUUGAGCGGGACACAAAUGGCUAUGCCUACCUGAACCCGGGGGCAUCCAGGGUGGAUGGCAUGGACGACACUGCCAACUUCAAGGCCCUCCAGAGUGCGAUGACUGUGAUUGGGUUCUCCAAGGAGGAGAUUCGGCAGGUGCUAGAGGUGGUGGCCCUGGUGUUGAAGCUGGGGAAUGUGGAACUGGCAGACGAGUUCCAGGCCAAUGGGGUACCAGCAAGUGGCAUCCGUGAUGGGAGAGGUAUUCAAGAGAUUGGGGAAAUGGUGGGUUUGAAUUCAGUGGAACUAGAGAGAGCUUUGUGCUCAAGGACCAUGGAAACGGCCAAAGAAAAAGUGGUCACUGCACUGAAUGUCGUCCAGGCUCAGUACGCUCGGGAUGCUCUGGCUAAGAACGUCUACAGCCGCCUUUUCACCUGGCUGGUGAAUCGAAUCAAUGCGAGUAUCCAGGUGGGCACGGGGGAGAAAAGGAAGGUCAUGGGGGUCCUGGAUAUCUAUGGCUUUGAAAUAUUAGAGGAUAAUAGCUUUGAGCAAUUUGUGAUCAACUACUGCAAUGAGAAGCUACAGCAGGUGUUCAUAGAGAUAACGCUGAAAGAGGAGCAAGAGGAAUAUAAGAGAGAGGGCAUACCGUGGGUGAAGGUGGACUACUUUGAUAAUGGCAUUAUCUGUAACCUCAUUGAGCAUAAUCAACGAGGCAUCCUGGCCAUGCUGGACGAGGAGUGCCUGCGGCCUGGGGUGGUCAGUGACUCCACCUUCCUAGCAAAGCUGAACCAGGUCUUCUCCAAGCAUGGCCACUAUGAGAGCAAAGUCACCCAGAACGCCCAGCACCAGUAUGACCACAGCAUGGGCCUCAGCUGCUUCCGCAUCUGCCACUAUGCGGGCAAGGUGACCUACAACGUGAACAGCUUCAUCGACAAGAAUAACGACCUACUCUUCCGGGACUUGUCCCAGGCCAUGUGGAAGGCCCAGCACCCCCUCCUUCGGUCCUUGUUUCCUGAGGGUGAUCCAAAGCAGGCGUCUCUCAAACGCCCCCCAACUGCUGGGGUCCAGUUCAAGGGUUCUGUGGCCAUUCUCAUGAAGAACCUGUAUUCCAAGAAACCCAACUACAUCAGGUGUAUAAAGCCCAAUGAGCAUCAGAAGCGAGGUGAGUUCUCCUCGGAGCUGGUGGCCGUCCAGUCUCGGUACCUGGGGCUGCUGGAGAAUGUGCGGGUGCGACGAGCAGGCUAUGCCUACCGCCAGGCCUACGGGUCCUUCCUGGAAAGGUACCGAUUGCUGAGCCGGAGCACUUGGCCUCACUGGGACGGUGGAGACCGGGAGGGGGUCGAGAAGGUCCUGGGGGAGCUGAGUGUGUCCUCAGAGGAGAUGGCCUUUGGGAAGACAAAGAUCUUCAUCAGAAGCCCCAAGACUCUUUUCUACCUGGAAGAUAAGAGGCGCCUACGAAUCCACGAGCUGGCCACACUCAUACAGAAGAUGUACCGAGGCUGGCGCUGCCGCAUCCACUACCAACUGAUGCGCAAGAGUCAGAUCCUCAUUUCCUCUUGGUUUCGGGGCAACAUGCAAAAGAAACGCUAUGCGAAGAUGAAGGCAUCAGCAUUGUUGAUCCAGGCUUUUGUGAGAGGUUGGAAGGCUCGCAAGAAUUAUCGGAAGUACUUCCGGUCAGGGGCUGCCCUCACCUUGUCAAAUUUCAUCUACAAGAGCAUAGCACGGAAAUUCCUCCUGGGGCUGAAGAACGAUUUGCCUACCAAUGUCUUGGACAAAAGGUGGCCAGCUGCCCCUUACAAGUACUUCAACACAGCUAACCACGAGCUUCAGAAGCUCUUCUACCAGUGGAAGUGCAAGAAAUUCCGGGAUCAGCUGUCCCCAAAGCAGGUAGAGGUCCUAAGGGAGAAGCUCUGUGCCAGCGAACUGUUCAAGGGCAAGAAGGCUUCAUACCCCCAGAGUGUCCCUAUUCCAUUCCACGGUGACUACAUUGGGCUGCAAGGAAACCCCAAGCUACAGAAGCUGAAGGGCAGGGAGGAAGGGCCUGUUCUGGUGGCUGAGACUGUGAUGAAGGUCAACCGUGGCAAUGGCAAGACUUCCUCUCGAAUUCUCCUUCUGACCAAGGGGCAUGUGAUUAUCUCAGACACCAAGAAUUCCCAGGCCAAGAUUGUCAUCGCACUAAACAGUGUGGCCGGGGUGUCAGUCACCAGCUUCAAGGAUGGGCUUUUUAGCAUGCAUCUGAGUGAGAUAUCAUCAGUGGGCUCCAAGGGGGACUUCCUGCUGGUCAGCGAGCAUGUGAUUGAACUGCUGACCAAAAUGUACCGGACUGUGCUGGAUGCCACACAGAGGCAGCUUCCAGUCACCGUGACUGAGGAGUUCUCAGUGAGGUUCAAGGAGAGCAGCUUGGCUGUCAGGGUCAUCCAGGGCCCUGGGGGUGGUGGGAAUGGCAAGCUGAGCUGCAAGAAGAAGGGGAGUCGUUGCCUGGAGGUGACUGUGCAGUGAGGAGGUGCAGCAGUUUCUUCUUCCUGGACCAGCACCAGCCCUACUCCCACCCACCCACCUUCGUGGGAGGCUCCCGUGCCUGAGCCCUCUGAUGGGAGGUGGGGCUCAGAGAGUGCAGAACCCUUGAAGAGGACCUUGCUUCUCCCAAUCCUUUCCAGUCCUCUCUCCAAACUUAGCUUCCUCCCGCCCUCAGCCUCUUUGCCCACUAAUAAAACAAGAGGCUUUGCAAA